GUACUAGAAAGAGAGUGAUUUUUAUUAAAGACUCCCUAACUUCUCACCCACGGCGCGGUGUGAGAAGUCAUUGGAUGAUUUUCAUCCCUCAGAAAAAAGACAGCUGUCUCGAUGACUGUUAACCCAGCAAUAGAAUGCAAGUACGCAACAAGUAAUCGGGCUUAAAUAAUGUGUAAUGUUGAAAGUGCUCAACAACACUGCUGAAGUGGUUAAAACUGAACCUUUGCCUACUAUAUUGCCAUUUUAUCACCCAAUCAUCGCGUGUACAUUUUGUAAUAAACUUUUUACUACUUUUUGUUAAUUUGAAGGAAGUAAUUAAGAUAAAUAAUAGUAGUUAUUUGGUUAAUAAUUCUUCAUUAUGUAAGUUUAGUAGAGGAAAAUGUUUCGUAUUUGCAUCUUAUUGUAUGGUCUUUCACUAACCGAAGCCUACACAGUCAAGGUCUCAGGUAAAGUGGAGCUGGGCAACAAACUGUCGAAGCUGUUCAAAGACUUGUACACGCAACUAAUAGAGAGCGGAGUGGUCCCGGAACAUUCCCUGAUUAAUGAUGAAUCUGGACCUGCAGUUAGCGUAAGCAAAAAAAAUGUGGAAUUAUCGCAAGAAAGCAGCGAAGAUCCAGCGACAGAAUUUGUCGAUAAAACAAGACAAGACAAAAAACGAAAGAAGAAAAGAGAAAAACGUGUCGUAGAUGUCUCCACGUCCUCCCCUCAUGACAUCGCCGUCCUGGACAAAAUGAUGAAGAGCGAAUUAGAGAAACUCCACCUGUAUGGUUAUCAUAAGUCCCCGGAUAAAGAGACAGAUGACCUCGGGAAGCCUUUGAAUAAUGUACACAUUUAAUAUUUGCCAAUAAAUCGAUACUCUUAUAA